CUACUGUGUGAUACUACUGUAUUACCGGACUGACUCUAUAGGUAAUAACAUUUUCAAUACAUCCACCUGACAUCCUCGUCCUUCUGUUCCUCUGUGUAUUAUUCCCUCCAAGAACAAUCGCAAUUGGCCUCCUUGCGUGAUACCUAUCCUCUUUCGCCAAAGCCGGAAUUCCUGCGGACUCGCACCCUACGACUCCUACAAAUCCUCCUCCAAUCUCAAGCGCUCCGCGUCAUUUCUCCUCCACCCGACGGCUUUUGAGAACACGCCGAUCGCGGACGACCACACACGUCUUCACCUCACCGCGCGUUCGAUGACCAGCCUGGCAGACGGGCCAGCCAGCCAUGUCGCCAACACCUUCACACCUCUGUCGCAGUCUCUUGCUAUGACACCCGACUCCAGAUCCGCAGCCGCCGGCAACCAGCCUGCCAUCUGCCCACACGACCGCGAGAACAUCGCCCCUUUCCGCACAGAGGCUACUACAGCGAAGCGGAAAAUUGAGCGUCAGAGCUGGGAAUAUGUCGUCCGCAGUGGAACGGCUGGUGGAAUUGCUGCGUGUGCAGCCAAGUCGGUGGUCGCACCGCUGGAUCGCGUGAAGAUCCUCUUUCAAGCCAGCAACCCACAAUUUGCAAAAUACACAGGCUCAUGGGCCGGCGUUGCGAGAGCUACGCAGGACAUCUACAAGGCCAGUGGCACCGCGGGUCUCUUUCGUGGCCACAGCGCUACACUACUUAGGAUUUUCCCAUACGGCGGGAUUAAGUUCUUGGCCUACGAGCAGAUCCGGGCCGUGGUGAUCCCCACUAAACAUGAAGAAACUCAUGUGCGGAGGUUCGCCGCGGGUUCAAUGGCGGGAAUCGUGUCGGUGUUCUGCACCUAUCCCCUCGAAGUCAUCCGCGUGCGGUUAGCCUGGGAAACAAACCCAUCGAAGCGAAUCGGCGUAAGGGACAUAUGCCGCAAAAUUUACAACGAACAACCUCCACCACCGGCGAACGGCAACGGCCUACUACAAACUGCAGGGCUUCCUAAGACUGCCACAGCGACCCUCGACGCGGCACAAGCUGUCAUCCGGACCGUCACGCCUGCGACCGGACUCUCGAAUUUCUUUCGUGGGUUCACCCCGACGCUCUGGGGCAUGAUCCCUUACGCCGGAGCCUCCUUCCUAACCCACGAUGCCGCCGGCGACUUCAUGCGUCUGCCCUCCCUAGCACCUUACACCGUCCUCCCCGCGAGCGAACUCUCCCCCUCCCAGCUCGCGCCAGGCAAAGCCCAACCUCUGCGCUGGUGGGCGGAGCUGACCACCGGCGCCGUCGCCGGCUUCGUCAGUCAAACCGUCAGUUACCCUCUCGAGGUGAUCCGGCGGCGGAUGCAAGUUGGUGGAGUGAUCGGCGAUGGACACCGGAUGACCAUGGUCGAAGUGGGAAAGAAGAUUUUCCAGGAAAAGGGCUACCGCGGCUUUUUCGUCGGGUUGAGCAUCGGGUGGGUCAAGGUGGUGCCCAUGGCUGCGACGAGUUUCUUUGUUUACGAGCGCAUGAAGGUCACUUUUGGAAUCUGAUCUUCUUUUUCUUUUCUUCUUCUUUUUGCUUUGGGGGGGGGGGG